CACAACGUCAGUCUUCACCGAGACCUCGCCGGAGACGGACGGCGUAAUGGAGAAAACAUUUUUAAUUCUCUCUACAAUAUGCAGUCUAUGCCUUAUAAAGGCUGGUGCAUACACGGUGCCCCCGGCCAAGCUUGAAGCCAUCUACCCCAAAGGACUACGAGUUACCGUAAAAGAUGAUGGAUUCUCACUUUUCGCCUUCCACGGCAACCUUAAUCAGGAGAUGGAAGGCUUGGAGGCUGGGCAUUGGGCAAGAGACAUUACUAAGGCCAAGAAUGGUGUAUGGACCUUCAGAGACAGAAACGCUGAAUUGAAACUCGGGGACAAAAUAUACUUCUGGACUUAUGUCAUCAAGAAUGGCCUGGGCUAUAGGCAAGAUAAUGGAGAAUGGACUGUUACUGAGUUUGUCAAUGAAGAUGGAACACCAGUCGAUCCAAAUAACUUACCAGAACCUGAGGUAACAUCAGCUCCAGGACCUAACCCACCACCAUACAACCCUCCACCAGUCUGCCAGAAGUCAAUAACCGAAGUCCAAGGACUCCGAUCUGUAUGCCAAGGUGCCCUCAUCUUUACAGAGGACUUUAAUAAACCAAAUUUGGACAAGUUGAACCAAUGGGAUGCUGAAGUUAUGCUCCCUAGAGGACCGGAUUACCCUUUCAACGCGUACGUAAAAGAUGCGGUCACAGUGGAGAACGGUGAGCUGAAGAUCAAGCCAACGUUGACAGAGUCACGGUUUGGUGACGCGUAUAUUGACGGUGAAUGGGACUUGACCAGUUCGUGCACAGGCCAGGUGGGCACCCAGGAAUGCCACCAGGUGGCUUCGGGCGCCAACAUCCUUCCACCAGUUACCAGCGGCAAGGUGACCACUCGCAACCGCUUCAGUUUCAAGUACGGAAGGAUUGAUGUGAAGGCAAAGCUGCCUGCUGGGAACUGGUUGAUGCCAGAAAUCAACCUCGAGCCACGCGACAACGUGUACGGCAAACAGCGCUACGAAUCCGGCCUCAUCCGUGUGGCGUUCGCGCGCGGAAACCCACCAUUCGCUAAACGGCUGUACGGCGGGCCCGUGCUCACGGACGCCGAGCCUUACCGCAGCUUCCUGCUCAAAGAGCAUCACGGCAUCGACAACUGGAGCAAGGAUUUCCAUAACUACAGCUUGAUUUGGAGACCAAACGGCAUCCAGCUGCUCGUAGAUGGGGUGCACUAUGGCGACGUGAACCCCGGGGAAGGGUUCUACUACACCGCCAAACAGCAAGCGGUGCCGCACGCUUCCAUGUGGCUUAAGGGGUCCAUCAUGGCGCCGUUGGACCAAAUGUUCUACAUAUCUCUCGGAGUUCGUGCGGGCGGCAUCAACGACUUCGCUGACAAUCCCGACAAGCCGUGGACGAAUGGAGCCAGCAAGGCGGUGUACCGCUUCUACCAGCACCAGGACUCCUGGUACCGGACCUGGACCUCGCCGGAGCUGGUCGUGGACUCGGUCAACGUUUACGCUUUGUAAUUUUAGAUGUGCAAUAAAACUUUAAUGGAA